UGACCCAAUUCGCAAUGGUACAAGAAUUUGGUUCUUUGUCAUGGAGCUGGCUGCUUCAGUUAUGAUUUUCAGUUCAUUUCAGUGUAACCAGGAUGUAUCAUCCAUCUCAGAGGCCGGGGAGAUGACCCAAUGGUGUUUAGAACUAUGAACAAUAGUGAAGAAGCUUGAUAGAGGUAGUAUACACGUGGGGACAAGUGUGGAAGUGGCAGCCAUUGGAGGGAAGAUGGGGAAAGAGUCUAAGGAAAACAAGAGUGAGAUCAAUGCUUUAAAAGAGGUGAGUUACUGUCCUGGUACAGUGCAUACCGUCAUUGAAGAUGGUUUUGAACAGAGCAAAGAGGAUAAGAGACAGAAGAAGUAUAAGAAGAAAAUUGAGAUUUCGACAGUUGUUGAACUUGAUGGUUCUCGUAAUGAGCAUAUGGACAAAAAGCUCUAUGAAAAAGCUGACCAUGGUAAUAGACAAAUUGAGAAGAAGAAGGAGAAAAAGAGGAAAUUAGAACUUCUUGAGGAUAAUUGUAAGUCAGAUAAAGAGAUUUACAUGGUUGGAAAGGACUUAAGAAAUGAUAACGAAGUCCGAGCUAGAAAAGAAAAGAAGAGGCAGAAGGUAGGUAGCAAGAAAGAUCGAAAUGAAUCUCUUUCUUUUCAAGUGGAAAGCCUGAAGGAUAAUGAGAGGAACAAAAAUGAGGAAGUGAAGGAGCAGAGAAGCUCUCAGAAUGACAGUAUUGCUCAAAUCAAGGAUGGGACAGAACAGAUUGAAAAGAACAAGAAUAGUGAAGGGAGAAGGGACAAGGAGGUUGGUGAUUUCAAGGGGAAGAAGAAAAGUAAAGCUGUGGAACAGGUUGGGAAAGUGGGGGAGAACUAUGAUGUAGAUGUUAGUGAGAAGGUGGAAAAGAAGAGGAAGAAGAGGAAGAGGAAGAAAGAGGAUAAAGAAGAUUUGGGUGGUGGAGUGCGAGAAAUGAUGGCUGAGGGGAAGAAGAAAAAUGUGGCAGCGGAAAAGGUUGGGAAAGUGGGGGAGAACUAUAAUGUGGAUGUUAGUGAGAAGGUGGAAAAGAAGAGGAAGAAGGGGAAGAAAGAGGGUAAAGAUGAUUUGGGUGGUGGGGUGCGAGAAAUGAUGGCUGAAGAACUGGGCGUGGAAAGCACUAUGAUUGAGGAUAAAGAUUUAGGAGGCAACAAAGAUAAAGCUCAUUCAAUUAGAAAAAAGACAAUGGAAAUGGUGACAAAAAAUGGCAACAAAGGGAAUAGGAAGAAGCCCCAAUCUGUCGAAACUUGUCCUGAAGAUCCUAAACCUAAGGUGACAUCUAAAAAAGUUAGAUUUUCUGGUGAUGUAGAAGUUUUCCCUUCAUCUGAUGGUCUGAGUAAGGGGAAAGAACAGAACCAGGAAGAGGGAUUAGUGCAGGGUAAGCGGUUUACUCCUGAAGAAGAUCUGAGAAUUAAAGAGGCUGUUUUUAACUAUAUACGGGCUCAUAACUUGGAUGAAGUUGAGGGAUUGCACAUGGUUUUGCACUGCGGUUCUUUCCCCCAAAUAAGAAACUGUUGGAGGGAAAUUGGAACUGCUUUUCGUAGUAGGCCUUAUAAGGCUAUAUAUUACCGAGCUCAUAUUUUGUUUGAAAGAGAUGAAACACGUACAUGGACUGAUGAAGAUUUUGAAAAAAUAAAGGAAUAUCAUGAAAAACAUGGGCCAAAAUGGAAGGAGUUGGCUGAUGUACUAAACAAACACAGGGUUCACUUGAAAGAUACUUGGCGCAGAAUAAAAUUUCCCAACUUGAAGAAAGGGCAUUGGUCCCAGGACGAGUACCAGGGUCUAUUUGACUUAGUGAACAUGGAUUUGCAGUUGAGGGCUUUUGAGGAAAAGAAGACAAAAUACGGCAUGUUGAGGGAUAAUAUCAGCUGGACUGCAAUUAGUGGCAAGUUGUCAACUCGAACAGAUGCAGUCUGCUGUUUGAAAUGGUACAAUCAGUUAACAUCACCUAUGGUGGCUGAAGGGAUUUGGGCCGACACUGAUGACUUUCGUAUGCUUGAUGCACUUUUUAGCUUGGAUGAAAGCUGCAUCGAAGAUGUGGAUUGGGACAAUCUUCUUGAACAUAGAUCUGGAGAUAUAUGUCGCAGGCGGUGGAACCAAAUGGUCAGUCACAUCGGUGAACAUGGGAUCAAGUCAUUCGCUGAACAAGUUGAUGUUCUCUCAAAGCGAUAUUGCCCAGAUUUAAUUGAAGCAAGAGAGGCCUGGGAUAGCAAACCUGUUGUUGAUUGACUGGCUAUAGUAAUUAAAAAUUAAAUGCCUGAUUUGGAAUUACUGGAAGGACUACUGUUGGAUUCUGUGGAUGCAUAAGGUAUUUUGAUGGAAGCGUGUUUUGUUAGUCUAAUGGUGGUGGUUCAGCCAUGCGUUCUUCUGUUGGGCAUGAUUUCAUCUCUUAGGAUGGGCUUGGAGGUGAUUGAAGGGCUGGUUACAGAGACUGCUGUUUGGCUGAAGCAUAGUUUCUUCAGAAAAUUGACAUAUUCUCAUUUGAAUUUAUGCUUUUCUCUGCUAUUUGUUUUCUUUCCCCGUUUUGGGUCCAUAUAAGCUACCUGUUAGAAGGAACCUUCUAUUGUUAAGUUAAAGUAUCUAUUUUGUUUUCUAUUUGACAUUGAGCUGAUCAUCGUUCUUCCUCAUUGUUUUGGCUAUGCAUACAGUGAUGCCUUUCUUCUUU